GUUCGGUGAAGGAUUUUAGCGCCGGAGGAUGUGCCUGGCAGCAGCGGCCGCCCCCGUCGCCGAGCUCUGACCAUCCGCUCGCCUUUCCCACUCCCCUCCCGACAAAGAGCCGCCCGUUACCCGGCCGUCCUCAACCCGCACCUCACCCACCACCUCCUCCCUCCCUCCCGCGCUCGCUCGCUCGCUCACACACGCGGACAGGAUCAGGCAGAGGUAACAAACCGCCUCACGCCGGCCGUCCAGAGCCGGAGACCCAUUUGAAAAUAACCGACAAAAGAGCCGCUCAGCGUCUCGCUCCUCGCGGACACCGAAGCCUCCCCCACACCCUCCGCCCCACACACACACGCACACACACACACACAACUUAUCCUCCUCAAUGUACAUUUCAAGCGCCUGGGCCAGCAUGAAACUGGAGAUCUCCGCGGCCGUGGGAUUUAUCGCUAAACUGCUCCGGACGACGGGCACCAUGAACGAGCGGCAGCUGCAGACUUUCAGUCAGUCGCUGCAGGAGCUGCUGGCGGAGCAUUACAAACACCACUGGUUCCCCGACAGGCCCUGCAAAGGGUCCGGGUACAGAUGCAUCCGAAUCAACCACAAAAUGGACCCCAUCAUCUGGAAGGCAGCGAACCGCAUCGGACUGAGCAACGAACAGGUUUACCACCUCCUCCCGAGUGAACUCACUCUCUGGGUUGAUCCUUACGAGGUGUCCUACCGGAUCGGGGAAGACGGCUCCAUCUGCGUCCUGUACGAAGCUCACCCCAUCGUCAGCAACCACCACCUCAGCGCCAGCUCUCCCAUGCAAAUGGUGGACAGCAGCAGGAUAAGCUGUAAAGAUGAAUUCCGCCUCGGUCGGACGAGUCCGUCCAAAACCUACAACAUGAUGACCGUGUCUGGCUAGGACCAAAGGCUCACUGCAAUGGAUAUCGGUUUGGUUUGGGGGGAGGGCUUCUAUUACUGGAUGGUCUUCUUAGUGUUAAAGAGAAAGUAUUGAUUUCGCUCUCACAGGCUCUUAAAAGUAAUUAUCACCUGUGCACUCUCUCUGAUCUAAAAUUCUAUAUUUUAUAAAAAACAAAAUAUUGAUGCAUUUCUGUAUGGGGAAGUGACGGCUAUAAGACUGUUUGCUGUCUUUGUAUUUCAAAACAGUAUUUUAACAUUUCACAAUUAAAAAAAAUUCGGUUAGGUUGAUUUAACAAUGUCUGUUUUUGCAUGAAUUUGGGUUAAUCUACCUGUGAGAGAUGGAAAAGACACGUCUCUUUAACAUCUGACCAGCCUACUUUGAUGAAAUAGCUAUAUCUGUACAUUGCUAGCCUAGGGUUUUUCAAAAGUGCCGUCUUUAUUUUUAGCACUGUUUAGUGAAGUGGAUACGGACUGUAGUUUCUUCUAUACCGUGAUCGGGUAACUUCACAAAUGUUUAUUUGUGAAUUCUGUUGACCAUCUUUCUAUAUUUGGUAAAUUAUGAACUGCUGUAAAUUUGUACAGUUCAUGUAUAUUGAUCGUGGCAAAGUUGUACAGAUUUCUAUUUUGGAAGAGAAUUUUUCUUCUCUAUAUAAUAAAAGCGUUUCCUAUCUUGCCAUUUUAACAAAA